AUGGAGACCCCAUCAUCCACAAGAAGAGUAACAAGAUCACAGACCCUGGCCGCUUCCAAUGAUGCCCUCACCAAUAGCAAUCGAUCAGCAUUAAUAGACAUAACAAAUGAUUCUCCAAUUGUGGGGCUUGCGAAUGGGGUCUUAAAUCUUGAGACCCCAUUGGCAAAGCAGAGAGGAAGCAGAGUGAAAAAGACGCCAGGAUCAGGGGAAGCCUUGCUGAGGGGUCAGGUGAAGACCCUUUUGCAGAAGGUGGAAGAAGAGGCAGAGUUUUCCAAGAUCUCGCUUGAAAGCAUGCCAUUUUUUGAGCCAACGCCCGCGAAUGCUCCUCAAAUUCAGAGUCUUUCUGGUUUGGUUUCGGUUACCCCUUAUGUUGUUCUCCGACAACCAUUAAUUUCUCAGGUGGUGAAUCAAGGGUUGGUUGGAAAGAAUCAAGAGAAGUCUGAACCUGAAAAGAGUCCGAUAAAUAGGUCCCUUUUACUGGAUUUCUCAGACAAAUCUCAGUCUUCUGAUGCAUCAGAAGAACGUUCCUCAGAACUUGGUUACGAGGAAAGAGUACAAGGGGAGAAGGACCCCACAGCAACCACAGAAGAUGAUGAUGGUGAUGAGGAAGUAGCUGAAGAUUAUUAUGAGGAUGAAUAUGAUGAACUGUGUAAAGGGUUGAACAACAUUAGUAUGAAUGAGAGGAUGGCUCCCAAGUUUGCAGGAAAGCACACAAGAUUUGUUUACAACAGUGAUGACGAACUUGUGGAGGAAGAGGUGGAAGAAAACAACUCUGUUCAGAGUGCUUCGCCUAAUAUAUUGCGUUUGGAAGGAUUGCCAACUCCAAAGGGGAAACACUUGCGCUUUUCUGAGGAGGAAAUAUCUGCUUUGUGA